AUGGCAGGUUUAGAUAAAGAUGAUAUAUCUUUGCCUAAGGCGACUGUACAAAAACUGAUAACCGAGAUUUUAGAUGAUGAUUUGACUUUUAAUAAGGACGCAAGAGAAAUUGUAAUUAAAUCCGGCAUAGAAUUCUUAAUGAUUUUAUCUUCAAUGUCUUCUGAAAUGGCAGAAAAUGAUUCGAAAAAGACUAUCGCUCCUGAACAUGUCUUGGCUGCAUUGAAAGAAUUGGAAUAUGAUUCUUUUGUACCGUUGUUAGAACACGCUCUAACUGAAUUCAAAGGUACACAAAGGAUAAGAGAAAGAAGGGAUAGUAAAUUUAGAAACUCUGGAUUAACCGAAGAAGAAUUGCUACGACAACAAGAAGAACUAUUUAGAAAAUCUAGAUCUAAGUUACAUCAAACAACAGCAACAACAACAACACCAAUACCAGUACCAGAUAAUCAUAUGAACAAUACAUCGACCAUUAAAGAAGAAAAUUGA